ACUAAGUCCACUCCAUUGUUCUGCUACUCGCCGCGACCAGACUCAUGCUCCACCAGCGAUCACUAUUCUUCAUUCCGCUGGGCCGCCAUGCCUCCAGGACAGCAAAUCCAGUCAUCUCCUGCGCGGAACCCUCAUUCACAGCACUGCGACAUGCCUUGGGCGUACGACAUCUCUCGAUUUCAAGACUAGUGCAACAGUCAGGAACAGGAUCUGGAACAGGAACAGGUUCGCAGACGCCAACAUCCAAUAAGAAUGUCCCUGGCAACUACAAAGUGGAGACCUAUAUCUCCAAGGUCAACGAUCCCUGGACCAACCUUGCGUUUGAAGAAUGGCUGUUUAGAAACUCGGAUCCAGAGACCUAUAUCCUAUUUCUGUACCGUAAUUCCAAAUCUGUCAUCAUUGGAAGAAAUCAGAACCCUUGGAAGGAGUGUAAUUUGAAGCUGCUGGCGCGUGAUGGAGUUCCAUUUGUACGGCGCAAGAGCGGCGGAGGCACCGUGUACCAUGAUUUGGGAAACACAAACUACUCGAUCAUGAUGCCGAGGGAGGUUUUUGACCGCCGGACCAAUGUCGAGUUGAUAUGUCGCGCAUUGCAGGAGCUUGACAUACCCGCAAUUGUCAACGAGCGGCAUGACAUCACAUUGGACGGCAAAAAGGUCUCAGGAUCGGCCUUCAAAUUGAUCCAACGUCGAGCCUACCACCACGGAACCAUGCUCAUCGAUACGGACCUCUCAAGUCUGGGACAGUAUCUCAAAGUCGAUCGAGCCAGCCUGGUGACCAAGGGCGUGGCAUCUGUCCGAUCGCCCGUAACCCGGUUACGAGAGUCCUCGUUCACGAUUGGCCAUCUGUCGUUCUGUGAGCAGACUAGGACAGAGUUCCUAAGGCACUAUGCAUUUGAUCAAUGGAAACAGAACCUGGAAGGCGAACCUAUAGCGGUCGAUGAGGCGAUGAUCGACAGAAUGGAGGGGGUCAAGACCAUUCGAGAUGAUAUGAAGACUUGGGAAUGGAUGUAUGGACAGACACCAGAGUUCACGUACAAACUAGAGAAGGCUUUUUCAUGGGGAUCUGUGAAUGUAUCGAUUACGUCCAAGGAAGGAAAAAUCAUUCAGGUCGACCUGGACUCUAUGGACAACGCUCUUGGAGGUCCAUCGCUGUCCUUGACAGCGCUCGGAGUCGGCAUGGAGGGUCAACGAUACGACGAGAAGGGACUAGAUUUAGCGAUCGAAAGGAUUAAGGACGAAGCCCCCGAGGUCUUUUCACCAAGCGGGGCUGUAGACAAAGUGAAAGACGUUGUUAGCUGGCUUAAAGAGGAGCUGUAAAUAGAAUAAAUACAUAGACCGUAGUGUGCCUGCCAU